ACAGUUUGUUGGAAAUUUUUUCGUAUUACUUUUUUUGAUAAAUAUAAUUUACUAGAAACAAAAUAAAAAUUAUUUUUUUAAAUUAAAUAUAAUUUAUUUCAAAAAUGGAAUAUUUGGGAUUUUUUAUUAUUUGCUUCAUGUGUUGUUCAUUGAUAAAUUGUGAUCAAUUGGUGAAAAUAAAUCAAGGAUUAAUUAAGGGAACAACAAUGAGAACACGAAAUGGAAGAGAAAUUUCCAUUUUUCUUGGAAUACCGUAUGCCGAACCACCAAUUGGAAAAUUAAGAUUUAGUAAUCCAAUUCUGGCAAAAAAUUGGAAUGGAUUACGUUUAGCGAAUAGAGAAGGAAAUUUUUGUCCUCAAAUUGAAGUUGAAGGAUUAAUUGGCGAAGAAGACUGUCUGUAUUUAAAUGUUUUUACACCUAUUUUAAAUUUUAAUAAAUCUAAGAAUAUCAAUAAAAAUGAUUUAUUGCCAGUUAUGGUAAGAAUUCAUGGCGGAGGAUUUCUUGUUGGAAGUAGUAAUUUCACAUACUAUGGUCCAAAUUAUCUUUUAGAUAAGAACAUUAUUCUUGUAUCAAUAAAUUAUCGUUUAGGAAUUUUAGGAUUUUUUGCUACAAAAGAUUCCAUAGUUUCUGGUAAUUUUGGAUUAAAAGAUCAAGUUCUUGCUCUUAAAUGGGUUAAAAGAAAUAUUAAAUAUUUUGGCGGCGAUCCAAAUAGAGUUACUUUAUUUGGAGAAAGUGCAGGUGGUGCUUGUGUUGGUUUACAUGCAAUUUCCGAUGCAUCCAAUGAUUUAUUUCAUCAAUACAUUUUCCAAAGUGGCAGUGCAUUGGGACCAUGGGCUUUUCGUAAUAGAAGAAAUUUAGAUCCAUAUGUAAAUGAACUUAUUAAAAAUGUAAAUUGUCCAAAUAUCAAUAAUUCGACAAUAAUUGUCAAUUGUUUGAGAGAGAAAAGUAUUUUUAAAUUAUUAAAUGCCGUGCCAUAUGAUGGUUUUAAUUUUUCCAAAUUAGCAUGGAUUCCAACUAAUGAAAUAAAAACAAAAGAUGCUUUUCUAAUUGAUAGUCCUGAGAAUCUUAUAAAAUUGAAUAAAUUAAAAGAUUUACCAUCAAUGAGCGGAAAUGUUGGCGACGAAGGUUUACCAGUUACAUUAUCGUUUUACAAAAAUCAAACAAAUUAUUAUCAGACAAUGUUAUUGGCACUGGAUAAAUAUAUUAAUUCGACAGCAUAUCAUUAUAUGAAACCGAAUAAUGUAACAAAAUUUUCAAGAAUUAUUCAUAAUUUUUAUUUUAACGAAACAGUUGUAGCUGAUAAAAACAAAAUUCUAAGAAGUUUUACAAAUUUUGUUUCCGAUUGUCGAUUUAUCUAUCCUCAAAUGAUGCUGAUGGAGAAAAUGAAAAAAAUCAUUAAGAGUCCAUUUUAUAUUUAUUCAUUUAAUUAUCGUGGUAAUGAAAGUGUGGUUUCUUUGGAAAAUGGAAUAAAAGGAAAUAUUGGCGUCACACAUGGAGAAGAACUUUUAUAUCAUUUUCCUAGAAUUCCAUUAAGUGAAACGGCAAAAGUAGAUCAACGAAUGAUCGAUAUAAUGGUCGAUUUAUGGACAUCAUUUGCCAUUAGCGGUAAACCAUCAUCUGAUCAUUUAAGCAAUAGCGAUCUUUGGCAAUCUUAUGUGGAAAAUGAAAAUUUUCUUCAAAUCGGAAAUCCUAUCAAUAAUAACGAUCCGUCCAUUACUCUCAGCCAGGAUUUUUUUAACGAUCGUAUGGAUUUUUGGAAAAUAAAUUUCCCUUCGGACUAAUUUUUUUAUAUAUAUUUUAUAUUUAAUUAUGUAGAUCUAUGACUUAUUUAUAAAUAUUUAAUAAAAAAGCUUCGGUUACAGUCAUAGAAAACAGGAGAUAUUCAGUCUGACUAAAAAUAUGUUUUACCACUGAUACCAACUUUAAAUAAAACAAAAUUUAAUAUGUUUAGUCUGACUUUAACUAACUUUUACUACUGAU